CCUUCUCAGGCAUGCUGAAUUAGAGAUGGCAUAGUUAGUUGAUGGUGGAUUAGUUAGUGGAUGUGCCUUGGUGGUGGUUGUCUCAUUUUGUGUAGUGCCUGGGUGGUGGUUGUCUCAUAUUGGUAGUGCCUAGGUGAUGAUGGUAGCUUGCUGAUUGUCUUUUGUGUGAUAGCUUGGCUGACCAUGAUGGUGCCUUGUGUGGUCUUUUGUACAUGCAUCAUCUUCAUAUUAAUAUAUAUGUGAUGGAUUUUCUCGAAAUUUGCACUCUCAUUCAGCAUUUAUUUGACCCGAAAUACUUCUUUCCUUUGUGCAAAAUUGUUAUUCUUUGUAGCAGCAUGGCUGAAGGAACUGGUACUGGAAAGAGGACUUAUGUCACAUGGGAUGAUGAGAUGGACGCUGCCUUGCUUGAGAUACUUGUUCAUCAUCACAACAUGGGUGACCAUUCUCAAAAUGGAUGGAAAUCACAUGUGUACAGUGCAGCUAUCAAGAAUGUGAAGGAGAAGUGCAAUAAGGAUAUCACGAAGAACAACAUAUCAGGAAGGCUUAGGACUUUCGACAAUCAAUUUGAAAUCAUUAACAAGAUCCUUUCUCAAAGCGGUUUUGGUUGGGAUUGGGUCAAUAAUAAGCUAUCCAUUGAUAGCGACGAUGUGUGGACUAAAUAUUUGGAGGUAACUUCUAUACAUUUGCAUUGUUUUAAUUAUUUUUUUGUAUGUAACAAAACAGGGCAGCAACUCUACUUCUCUGAUGGGUGUAUUGUGCAGGCUAAUAAGAAGGAGAAAGCAUUAGCUUCUUACAAGACCAAAGUAGUGAAGCACUGGGAAGCCAUCUCUACGAUAUAUUCAAAAGAUCAUGCGGACGGUGAAGGUGCCAAGACAGGUGCUGAGACUGCUGCAGAUCUAGAAGAAACAAUUGAAGUCUCUCCAGAAACGGUACCAAAGAGACAACGAACAGGUGAUGCCAUUAUGUGCAUGAUUGGAGAAAUGAGGACUACUUUCAAGGAUGCUCUGAAGACAACUGAUCCACUUCCAUUGCCAAAGGUUACUACUCCUUCUGAAAUACUUGCUGCACUUGAGUUGAUACCAGAGUUGGCAGAAGUUGACAUGUUGCGCUCUUACGGAAAGUUGAUUCUUAAUGAGCGCUUGUUUGAAGCUCUAAUGGAGCUUCCCAUGCACAUGAGGAAGGCUUGGUUGCUAUUAUUGCCUUGAAGUUAUGAUAGUUAUGAUUCCUGUGUCUUGUUAAACUUCUUGGAACUAUGUACUGUUUGGUGUGUUAUGAUUCCUUGAACUAUGUAUUAUUGCCUAUCUAAACUAUUCGGUUUGUUACAUUUGGAACUAUGUACUAUGUACUGUUCAACUUCUACUUAUUUCAACAAUUGUGAUGUUACAUUUGGAACUAUGUGCCGUUGAGAAUUUGAGACAUCUAUUUAAACUAUAUGUGUUGUACUGUGUUGGUGUAAAAUUAUUUUUGAUUAUUUUUGUGUCAAUAUUAUAUGAUGUCAUCCUCAAUUUCUAAAAUAACUGAUGAUAAUUUUUACUAUAUAAUGAUCCAAUUAUAGUCAUACAACUACUGUUUUAGUGCAUAUAGUAAUGUUGCUAUGCAAUUCCAGUGUUUGACAUCCAAACACGAUUCUGUAUUGAAACCUCAGGAUGAUUCCGUGAGCCAAUUCGAUAUACAUCCAAACAACCGAAUUCGUAUUCAUGUCGAUUACAGUUUCCUGUCUGAAUUGGAAUUGAAACCAAUACAAUACAUAGGCCUCCAAUACAGACAUCCAAACACAGCGUGAACGAAUUCUCGAACUUGCACGCCCUGGUCACUAUGGUCCACAAAUUCUGAAACCACAGAUUCACCACCUAAAUUUGUUAACAGGGUACACGGGUAGUUCUCAGAUCUGGUUUUGCUAGCUCUGGCCACUUAUGUGGCAUGUUGACAGGGCACAAUGUGUCAUCCAUGGUUUUCGAGUCGCGACUCAUCGGAG